AUGUCAUCAAACCCAUAUAACCAUGCAUUUAACAGCAUAUAUAGUCAAGAAAGUGUCAGCAACGACGCAGCUGCACAUAACGACAUUGAUGACCAAGAGCAGCUGAAUCCUCAAAACCAGGAUACCUUCCUAUCACGAAUAUUUGGGUUGAACUCGAUAUAUAAUCAGAUGCAGGAUAACUAUCAAUAUUAUGAUCCCGAAUUUGAUACUGCGUUUCAACAACAACAACGGAGAUCAUUACUUAGCGACGACAAUGCAACAGGCAGUGCAAAUGACGGUGGCAGUGCUAAUGUCAGUGCUAAUGUCAGUGCCAAUGUCAGUGCCACCGAAAGUGGUUUGAAAAGAGGAGUUGAUGUUGCUCCUGCAAUUCAAGAUAAUAUUGAUGAGCUGCUACUACCUAAUGCUAUACCGAUGGGUAACUUGCAAGCUGCGCAAAAUACAAUGACAAAUUCGAACGGUUUACUCGAGUCUGAGUCUGAUUCUGAUUUAUCGUCGAGUUCAGAUUCAUACGUGAGACCAAAACCAAACAAGGCGAGAUCAAUGAAGCAGCAAAAGCAACUGCAGCAGCUGGGGGCUGCUGCUGAUUCACAAUCCAAUGGAACCCAAACACCAGAACCAUCUCACUCGAAACACCAGCCUGGAGCUGCUUUCGUCAAGGACUCUCAACAUAUUCUUCCGCUUCACAAUACAAUAAAACAGUAUCGAAAGCCUCCUCAGCAACCAUAUGUAAAUACCAACUACAAACCAACCAGAUCAAGAGCGAAUCGAUUGGUAAUUCCUCCGAAAGAACGGGCAUUGUAUUUGUGGGCAAACAUCACAAAUAUGGAUGAGUUUUUGAACGAUGUCUAUUACUACUAUCGGGGCAAAGGGUUGCUAAAUAUUGUACUUUCGAGAAUUGUCGAUUUGGUCAUACUUGUAUUCAUCAUUGGGUUUACGAUUUUCUUGAAAUGGGGCAUUGACUAUUCAUUGUUUUAUGAGCAACAUCGCGAUGGAAUGCAUUAUGUGUUGACUGAUAUAGUAGCAGAGGAUUUUACUAGCCGGAUCCCUUUUAUGGUCAAAUUUCUUGUGUUUGGGUUUGCAAUUUAUAUUAUUCUCCGAACAAUUCAGCUAUAUUUUGACUUUACAUACAAAUUGAAAGAAGUUCAAAAUUUUUAUCAUUACUUAUUAAACGUUGGCGAUGAUGAGUUACUGACCAUUAGUUGGAAAACAAUUGUUGAACGCUUAAUGUUGCUCAAAGAUUAUAAUAGCUUGACUUCGUCACAGCAUCCCAAUGAAAAUCACUACAUUAACGACUUGUCAUCCAAAAUCCGCUUGGAUGCGCAUGAUAUUGCCAAUCGAAUAAUGAGACGAGACAAUUAUACUAUUGCUUUGAUAAACAAGGACGUUUUGGAUUUAUCUGUUUUGUUCAUGGAUCAAAAACAAUCACUAACAAAGACAUUGGAAUGGAAUUUGAAAUUGUGCAUUGACAAUUUCAUUUUCAACCAACAGGGACAAAUAAAUGGAUCAAUUUUAAAGGAUUAUAAUCGGAAUCAGUUGGCACGAGAAUUGACAUCGAGAUUCAAGUUGGCUGCUAUGAUCAAUGUCAUUCUUUGUCCAUUUAUUGUGGUUUAUUUCGUCUUGUUGUAUUUCUUCAAGUACUUCAAUGAAUAUAAAUCAAAUCCAAGUUCCAUCAUCGGGUUAAGGCAGUAUACACCUUAUGCUGAAUGGAAACUUCGUGAGUUUAAUGAGUUGCCACAUUUUUUCCAAAACAGACUACAAUUGUCAACGAGCACAGCAAAUACGUAUAUCGACCAAUUCCCCAAGGGGUAUUUUGUCGUGAAUGGAAUGAAGUUGGCUAACUUUAUCAGUGGAUCGAUUUUGGCAGUGCUUGUUGUGUUGGGUAUUUUCUUGGACAAUGAAUCACAAUCAUUUUGGUCUUUUGAGAUAACUGAAGGUAAAACUGUACUAUUUUACAUUUCCAUAUUCGGUACUGUUUGGGCCAUCACUUCAUCGUCAUCAACUUCGUCGUCAGCAUCCAAUGCGGCAACCGAGCAAAAUCAACAACAUUUUUCAACAAAUCGAACCAUGUAUGAUCCUGAAUCUAAUUUGCGGCAUCUUUCUAAAUUCACUCAUUAUUUACCUCGAUCAUGGAAAAAGAAAUUACACACGAUUCAAGUACGUAAUGAAUUUUGUCAAUUGUAUUCAUUAAAAAUUGUCAUUAUUGCAUAUGAGAUUUUGAGUUUAAUCUUAACGCCAUAUAUUUUAUGGUUCAAAGUGUCACAAAACAGUGGUGCCAUUGUUGAUUUCUUUAGGGAGUAUAGUAUACAUGUUGAUGGGUUAGGGUAUGUUUGUUACUUUGCCAUGUUUAAUUUUGAAGAAAAGGACAAAAAUAUGAUGGCCGAGAGGAAACACCAACAACGCCAGAAGAAGAAAAAGAAGGAGAACAAAUUAAAGCUCAACCUGAAACAGCAGAGCAUAUCCACCGUGUCUUUGCAAAGAGACGUAUCUGAUUCAGAGCUCAGUGAUUUUGAAGAUGAUGAAAUGUAUAGUUUACAAAGAGAUGACAAAAUGGCUAAAUCAUAUUACCAUUUUAUGGAUAAUUACAAUGACGAAGCUGGUGCAGGAGGUGUCAAGAACCAAGGAUUGACACAAAGAAAACAACAACCAUUGAAGAAUUCACUGCUUGACUAUAACAAUACAAUUCGUGAUGAUGGUUACACAAACUUCAAUGGUAAUGGUGAUGAUGAUAAUGAUGAAUUGUCUGAUUCAAUAUUCAAACUCAAUUACAAUAGAGUCGAUGAUGAUUUGAACAAUGACACAACAAGAAAUAAAUCUAAACGGAAAGGAGGAGUAUUGGGAAUGUUAAAUCAAUUCUAUAAACAAGAUAUGAAUCGCAAUGUAUAA